GACAUUCUGGUUAAGGGCAUUCUGCUGUUUUGCCAUUGCUUGAUGAUCAUAUUCCUGUUCCUGUUUUGUGUGCUUCCUGUUAAGCUGAGAGCAAGCAUGGAGCAGGCCAGAUCUACCUGCCAUGUUCUAAUAAAUAUACCAAAAGUUCCAGGGUGUAUCUGACUACUUACCUGAACUAACACAGUAGAAUCAUUAACCCACUGCUAGCCAGCAGUUUAUUACAGUGGCAACGAGGAUUUGUGUUACUGGACUCAGAAACAGACUCAGCUGCAGAGCAAACAGGCUGCACAGGCUGCAUAAUUCUUCUCUGCACAGUGAGUAACUUCUUACAAUGUCUGCCAUUGGGAAAGUCCCAGAGUUUUCAGAAUCUGCUGAAGAAUUUGAGCCUUAUUUGGAAAGAUUUGAGAGAUGGCUGUCUGCAAAUGAUGUUAGUCAGGAAAAGAAAGCAGAUAUUUUACUUGCUACACUACCAGCAAAAACCUACAGUCUCCUUAAAACUCUUAUAACUCCUGCAAAGGCCACUGAAUUGUCAUAUGAGAGAAUAACAGAGACCCUCUCUCAGCAUUAUAAACCCCAGCGUAUCAUCAUUGCUGAACGCUUUAGAUUUUAUGGGAGAAAUCACAACAUGGGGGAGAGCCUUGCAGACUAUAUUUUGGAUUUAAAACGGCUAUCUGCCUCCUGUGAAUUUGGUACAUUCCUGGAUCAGGCUUUGCGAGAUAAGUUUGUGUGUGGCCUCCAUGAUGAGUUCUACCUGCAUAAGCUGCUAAAUGAAACAGAUCUCACCUUCAAGUCUGCUUGUAACAUUGCCUUGGCUAUAGAAUUAACCAGGAGUGACUCUCAGCAAUUCAAAGAGCUAAAUAGUUGUUCAUUUACAGAUCUCCCUAAAAUAACUACAUGGUCUAAACCCACUUCACCAAAUUCACCACAACCACCUACAAUGUCAGUUACAGGCGAGCAAGCAUUUCAGACACAAAGGGUCAAUUCAUGCUACCGCUGUGGGGGCCAGCAUCAGCAACAGAACUGCAGAUAUAAAUCAGAAACCUGUAGAAAUUGUGGGAAGUUAGGUCACAUUGCUCGUGUCUGCAGGAGCAAACCAGGCAGGCGCAGGGCGCAAUACGUGACUAAUUGUGACCGUCAGGAAAGUGACUGCACAGACCUGAAUACAGUCAAUACUACGCAUAGGGGAGAUGAUGGCAUACAUAUUAAGCUGGAAAUUGAUGGGCAUCCAGUAAACAUGUUACUGGACACAGGUGCAUCUGUAUCACUAAUAUCAGAGUUUGUUUACAAGAACUGUUUAGGUGGAAUAGCAUUGCAGAACUCACCUUUACACCUCACGUCUUAUACUGGAGAGAAGAUUCCUGUACUUGGACAGAUCCAAGCGCCAGUCACAUAUGAAGGUCAGUCAUUUAUAUUGCCUUUAGUGGUUGUGAAGAGUGACAGGCCCACUCUUUUGGGCAGAAAUUGGUUGAAGCACUUAAAGCUGAAUUGGGCUAAAAUAUUUACUAUCAAACAAACUGAAGCUACCUUUCACAAAAAUCUGGAACAGGUCCUGAGUAAACAUGACUCUCUCUUUAAGGAAGACUUUGGCAGUAUUAAGGGGCUAAAGGCAACUAUCACUGUAAAUUCAGGUGCAAAGCCCAUUUUUCAUAAGCCACGUCCCUUGCCAUAUGCCCUUAAAGAACCUGUGGAGAAAGAACUAGAAAGAAUGGAACAUUAUGGUAUUGUGUCACGUGUCAAACACAGCAGCUGGGCUGCCCCAAUUGUAGUGGUCCCCAAAAAGGACAAAACUAUUAGACUUUGUGGUGACUACAAGGUCACUGUCAAUCGCUGUAUUGAACCAGAACCUUACCCACUACCAAAUGUAGAGGACUUGUUUGCUACACUUGCUGGAGGUAAAUAUUUUAGCAAGAUUGAUUUAUCAAAUGCCUAUCAACAGCUAGAGCUGGACCCAGAUUCAAAGACAUUCCUUACCAUCAACACACACAAGGGUUUAUUCCAAUACCAGCGCUUACCAUUUGGAGUAUCUACAGCACCAGCAAUUUUUCAGCAUGCAAUGGAUCAGAUUCUUCAAGGAAUCGAUCAUGUGGUCUGUUUUCUGGAUGACAUUUUAAUUACAGGUUCAUCUGUUGAAGAGCAUUUGGCAUUGUUAGAUAAGGUUUUAUCAAAAUUAAAAGCAUCUGGGGUGCGAGUAAAAUUGUCCAAGUGUCACUUUCUCCAGGAGUCUGUAGAAUACUUAGGAUACCGCAUAGAUGCACAAGGUCUUCACCCAACAGAAACAAAGUUAACUGCUAUUGUUAAUGCACCUUCACCUUCAAAUGUGUCUGAACUACGCUCUUUCUUAGGACUGCUAAAUUACUAUGGACGAUUCCUUCCAAAUCUGUCAACAUUGUUGCAACCCUUACAUGAACUUUUGCAGAAAGAUACCAAGUGGGUUUGGUCAGCACAGUGUGAAAAAGCAUUUCAGGAUGCAAAGCAAAGACUAACCAACAGCAAGUGGCUAGCACACUAUGACCCUAGUAAGCCACUUAGAUUAGCAUGUGAUGCCUCACCCUAUGGAGUUGGAGCAGUUAUAUCACAUAUACUGCCUAAUGGAGAAGAACAUCCAAUUGCUUUUGCGUCUAGAACCCUAACACAAACAGAGCGCAACUAUGCUCAAAUAGAGCGGGAGGCACUAAGUAUUAUUUUUGGAAUAAAAAAAUUUCAUAAAUAUCUUUAUGGAAGGAAGUUUUCAUUGGUCACUGAUCACAAACCACUUCUGGCCAUUCUUGGGCCAAAAUCAGCAAUUCCAACACUGGCAGCACUUCGAAUGCAAAGGUGGGCACUACUCCUCUUGGCAUAUGAUUAUGAUAUUGUAUAUAGACGUUCUCAGGAUCAUGGGAAUGCAGAUGCUCUAUCGCGGCUUCCAUGCCCAUAUACAACAGAUGUUCAGGACGAAAGUGUCAUUUUUCAAGUUUCAUUUGCAGACGAACUACCUAUUUCUUGUAAAGAUAUUGCAGCUGCUACAAGUCGUGAUCCUCUUCUGGCGAAAGUGUGGGACUUUACUUCCACAGGCUGGCCAAACUACAGCUCUGACAAAAUCCUUAAGCCAUAUUUUGAAAAGAGAGAUGAGCUUUCCAUGGAUCAAGGUUGCUUACUGUGGGGGAUCCGGGUUGUCAUUCCCCCAAAAUAUCGUCAGAGGCUCUUGCAUGAACUUCACGAAGGCCAUCCAGGUGUAAACAGGAUGAAAGCACGAGCUCGUGGUUACCUGUGGUGGCCAGGCCUGGAUCAAGAUAUAGAAAAUUUUGUAAGUCAGUGUACUGCUUGUGCUUCUGUACAAAAUCAGCCACCCACUGCACCCCUUCACCCAUGGACAUGGGCCACAUCGCCGUGGGAAAGAAUCCAUAUUGACUAUGCUGAAAUAAACCAGCAAACAUUUCUUUUGGUUAUCGACAGCUAUUCCAAGUGGUUGGAGGUGUUACCCACUAAAAUAAGUACAAGCGAGAAAACGAUUACUUUGCUGCAUAAUUUGUUUGCAUCCUAUGGUCUGCCAAAGGAAUUGGUUUCGGAUAAUGGACCUCAGUUCACAUCUCAGGAAUUCCAGUAUUUCUUGAAACAAAAUGGUAUCAAGCACAAAUUGACCCCACCUUAUCACCCAGCUUCAAAUGGUGCUGCUGAACGGGCGGUUCAGACAUUUAAAAAAGCGUGGAUGAAACACUCAGUAGCCAGUGAGUCUGCUGGCACUACAGGAGAGUUGAGACUUUGUCGAUUUCUGUUUAGUUAUAGGAAUAUUCCACAUUCAGUUACUGAAAGUACCCCAGCGGAACUAUUUUUAAAGAGGCACCUCCAAAGCAGGUUGGAUUUGUUUAAACCCUCUUUAGCUGAUACAGUGGAGAAACAUCAGAAGCAACAAGUCAGAGCACAUAAUAGCUCCAGACAAAGACACAAAGACUUUUACCCAGGUGAUAAGGUCUUGGUUCGAGAUUUCCGCCACUCAGGGUGCCUUUGGUCUCCAGGGACCAUUUGUCAUAGAAGGGGUCCCCUGACGUAUGAGGUGCAAAUUGGUAACUGUCACGUUCAUGUCCAUGUGGAGCAUCUGGUUCCAGAUAAGAGUGUGUCACCCGUACCUCCUUCAUUUUCUACAAUUGACUUUCAAGUACCUGUAGCGCCCUUACAGGAAUUACCAGAUGUCAACAAUCGCUCUAAUCCAAUCAGUGCUACAGCCUCUGAGUGUGAACGGAGGUAUCCGAUACGAGCACGCAAACCUCCUGAGAGACUGGACUUAUAA